AUGCCUCCACCACUCCCACUUACUACUAUUCAGAUCAUUCCUCUACUCAUCUUCUUAUUCUCUUUACCUUGUUUUCUGUCUAAUGGGGUUCAUUAUCCAACAAAGAAUCAGAACCCAAUCAACAAAAACAAUACCGUUGAAACAAACAUGGACCCAUUUGAACAAGAAACUCUGUUUAAAAUCAUGGAAUCCAUGUCUUCUGAUAGGAACUGGAGAGUUUCUAAUCCAUAUCCAUGCAAGCCAGGUUCUUCAUGGCCUGGCUUAGAAUGCAAAACUAACAACAGAGGAGAUACUCAUUUCCAUGUUAUUAGACUUGAUUUCGGUUCUCCACCCAAUACAACUUGCAAAAAAACAGCUACAUUUCCAGCUCAAAUCUUCAAUCUUCCUUGCCUUGAAUCAGCUUUCUUCCUUCACUGCUUCACUUUCACUAGAACAACUCUGGAAAUCAUCUCCUCUUCAUCUUCAACACUUCAACAGUUGAGUCUAAGAUCAAACCAAGCUUUAGUAGGUCCAGUUCCCCCACAAAUAUCUUCACUAAAAUCUCUUGAAAUCCUAACAUUGUCACAAAGCCAACUGAACGGAAAAAUCCCAGUGGAAAUCUUUAGUUUACAAUCUCUUAUACAUCUUGAUUUAAGCUAUAAUUCUCUGGUUGGAACUAUUCCUAACCAAAUGGGUAACCUUAAAAACCUUCUAGGACUUGAUUUGAGUUAUAAUUCACUUUCUGGUUCAAUCCCACCAACAAUCGGAAACUUGGGUCUACUUCAAAAACUCGAUUUAAGCUCGAAUGCACUCACCGGAAUCGUCCCGGAAACAAUUGAAAACCUCAAGUUGUUGGUAUUUCUGGCUCUUGGUAAUAACAGACUUAAAGGAAAAUCCUUCCCACAAGGAAUAACAAAGCUGGUUAGCUUACAGUACUUGUUAAUGGAUGGUAACUCAAUGUUCAUGUCAUCAUUACCAAAUGAGCUCGGGAAUUUAGUUAAGUUACAAGAACUUAGACUUGGUAAUUCUGGUUUCUCAGGAACGAUUCCGACGAGUAUAUCUCAUCUUAUGAAUCUGACUACAUUAUCACUUGAAAACAACAGAUUAACCGGUGAGAUUCCGGCUGGUUUGAGUAAUCUGUCACAUAUAUAUCAUUUGAAUUUGAGUAGGAAUAUGUUAAGUGGUGUUGUUCCUUUUAAUGUUGGUUUCUUGAAGAGAUUAGGAAGAAAUCUUGAUUUAAGUGGAAACCCAAAACUUUGUUUAAACGCAUCCUCUCAAAUUCUUGAUGAUAAAAAGAUUGCUAGUACUGUGAACAUUUGUGGAUCAAGUAAUGGUUAUCUUAUUCAACAACCGCCAUUCAACAAAAAAGCUGGUGCAGCAGCUUCUCCAUCACGUGGAUUCUCCAGUUUAUUUAGUUUUCUUACUCUUUUGGGCAUUUUGUCGAGCAUUUUUUUAGUUUAG